CGCGCCUCUGCCCCCCUCCCUCAUCAGCAUCAGCAUCAUCAGAUGCGCGCAGAUCACGCCAAACAGCGCACUGGUUCAUCAGCAGGUGUGUGACUGAAACAGAAGAUAAUAUAUCAAUACAUCGCCACCUAUGUGCGUUCUUUAUAUCUGACUCUCAUUUCUUUGGAUCAGCGAUCGGACCGUUUUGAUGGUGUGAUUCCCAGCGGGCGUCAGCAGUCAGUGUGGCCGAAGAGGAGAGAAAAUCAAGCGCGAUCAUAUUUAAUAUCCGCUUCUUCAGCGUCUGUGGAUGGGCUGCGGACAUCUGCAUCUGCAGUCUCUGUUUUUGAGUCACUAAGAAGAUGGCGGACAGGGCAGAGAUGUUUUCUCUCUCCACCUUCCACUCCCUCUCUCCUCCGGGAUGCAGGCCGGCUCAUGACAUCAGUCUGGAGGAGUUUGAUGAUGAAGAUUUGUCUGAAAUCACAGACGAUUGUGGCAUAGGCCUCAACUACGAUUCUGACCCUUAUGAAAAGGACUGCUUAAUUCUAGAAAAGAAUGAUUUCCACCACCCAGUUUGCUCAUUCCAAGACGACUUUCAGGAGUUUGAGAUGAUCGAUGAUGAAGAUGAUGAUGAUGAGGAAGAAGAAGAGGAUGCAGAUCCUGAUGCCCCACCCUCACCAUCAGCAUCUCCUCCACCCUCCCCUACUCUGGGCACUCUGAAGAGCCGCCCAACCACUUUAAACCUGACUGCACCCGUUUCACAGGACUCACUGAACAACAACAGCAACGUGUCACCACGAAAGUCAAGCUGGCAGGAUUCUCUUCGAAACUCGACUUCACAGGGUUGUUUGUCUCCAAACCACUCUUGCCUUGAGGAUGGUUCCCAUGUCACUACCACAUGCCCGGGGGCUCCUGACACCACUGGCUCUGUCAAAGGUACACCCUCAAACCCACCAGGACAUUGUGGUCUUCAUCAGUCACCUGGCAGGCCGCUGCUGUACGACUUUGAGGGCAACAGACGAGAGCGACCUGAAUACGGCUCCUUUGGUCAACAUAACUCAUCAAGCGGGUCUGAGACGACUGAGGUAAAACCCGAUGUUGAGGAAUCCACUCUAAGUGAGCUUGUUCCCUCAGUGGAUGACUGCACUUCCCAGUGCUCCGACACCGAGGUCGACCACGACCUGAAUGGUCAUGCCAAACGUCGACCUUGCCGCUCUCGACCCAAUGACACUUAUACCGUGACCACGGAGACCGCUGAUGACCCAGAGCUGGAAAAUGAUGGCACCAGUAGGUGCCUUUCCUCAACUGCACCUUUAGGUAACGAUGCUGAGACUCCGCUAUCGGAUGAAGAGCUGGACAAAGAGUUUGACAUUGACUUCAUGAGUAAGGAUACCUACGAUCAAACCUGCAAGGACGCUGAGGCCUCUUCGUACGUUGAGUUCCCCUGCAUUGAACCGACUGAGUCCAUUUCUGCCUCCAGCUACGUGUCGUCCAGUCGAUCCGACGUCCUUGAAGCUAUGGACGAACCUCGAAACAUGCAUCAGGGUCAAGCUGCUGCAAAUGACACAACUUCUCCUUCUUCUGAUCCUGGUAUCGCUGAUAUGAAUGCCAAACGCUAUGCAGAGUCAGACCGCCACAGCGAUGACCUUAGCUCUCCUGGAUCAGACUCUGAUAUUGAAGGAGAACUUGAGGCUGCAUUUGCAUGUGGUCCACUUGCUAGUAACAUGAUUUCCUCCAUCUCAGAGACAGAGCUGGACUUGACCAGUGAAUCCAGCAGUGGACGCUCCUCGCACCUCACCAAUUCCAUUGAAGAAGCCAGCUCUCCAACCUCAGACCAAGAACUGGACCAUGAGCUAGAUCCUGAGCAGGACAGCGGAAUUGUAGGUAUAAAAGCUUCUCUUCUUCUGGGCCAACCUGAGCCAAUUAAACAAGAACCUUCACCAGGUCUAGAUCCCAGCCCUGACAUGUUACAACUAGAUGACGGCCAAGCUCUGAUGGGUCUGCAGAAUGUCGAUGACGAACAGGGUUAUGAGCACCAGGCUGAUCCAGAUGAGACUCUUCCCCCUGCCGUCCCCUGUGAGGAUAGUGGCUCUCAGCAGUUGUUGUUGAAGAUUGAGCCUGACCACAGUCUUGAGAGCUUCAAACGCUCUUUCUAUUUGCCGGUUGGCCCCAAACUCAUGCCCUCUGUGGACGACUAUGAUGGUAACAGCGAGGGAGAGUCUGAGUCAGAGUCCGAGGAUGAGCUCAGUGAAAACUCGGAUUCUCCUUGGCUUCUCAGCAACCUGGUCAACAGGAUGAUCUCAGAAGGCUCCUACCCAAUCAGCUGCCCAGAAGAGUGCCUCAAACGCUCAGCCUCGAUCUCUGACACCAUCUCACCUUCGUCGGACCUGGAAACGGAUACUUUCAAUGAGACAGAUGGCUGCAAUUCACAAAAGCAGAAAUCUGAAGAAAAGCCACAGGAGGUGACCUCUGAAAAGUCAGAGAUGGAUGAAGAGAAGGAGAGAGAAGCCAGCUAUGCAUCUGAAGAAGGGCAGAAGGUAAGCAAGAGAACAGACUCUUGUCUGUACAUGAGCAACCCCACAUAUGGCAACGUAACACCCGAGAGAUUGGACACGAGGAUGAAGAAUUACGAAUCUGAGGACUUCCCAUCUCAGAACUCAUUAAAAAACAAGCAGAAAGAAGAAGAGGAGGAGCCAAAUAAUGACUUGAUGAUGGAAAGAAUGAAGGAGCUGGAGUCUCCCAGCUUGAGCGAGAGCAUAAUCAGCGACAAGGACGAGGGACGGGAGACACGGGUCGAUCAGCUCACUUUGCAGCGAAUCACAGAAGUCAAAAACAGCCUUACGCUGGACCUCCCAACAGCACAGACCAAUCACUGUUUCAGUCUUACGUACUCGACAGAUAAUGAUGAAGACGAGCAAGAGACCUCACCGUUUCUGGAUGAUCUUCAGAAGGUACCUUCGCCCUACGGAAACGAGACUUACUUGGACAGCUCCCCACCUAUUGACGAGAGUGUGCGAGAGUUGAGGAACACAACCUCUGAGCGGCCCGUCGAUGACUCCUUGGCAUACGAUUCAAUGAAGUACACCCUAGUGGUGGAUGAAAACACAACGCUUGAGCUGGUGAGCCUGAAGCGCUGUACCUCAGUUCUUAGUGAGGACAGUGAUGGACUCUCUACUAUUUGUGAUGAAGAAGUUGCUGAUGAAGAUGAAGAUAUUUACGGGCAGGGCCAGAUGGAAAGAAGCAUGAGACCUAAUUUGCUGUUAAGCUCCUCUGAAGAAGACUCCUCCCCUGAGGCGGAUUUACCUUUCUCAAAGAAGUUCCUCAAUGUGUUUGUCAACAGCACGUCACGGUCCUCCAGCACAGAGUCCUUUGGGCUUUUCUCGUGCACUAUAAAUGGAGAAGAAAGAGAUCAGACUCACAGAGCGGUCUUCAGGUUCAUCCCACGACAUGCAGAUGAGCUGGAGUUAGAUGUUGAUGAUCCAUUAUUCGUUGAGGAAGAGGAGGAUGAUUACUGGUACCGUGGGUACAACAUGCGCACAGGGGCCAGGGGGAUUUUCCCAGCAUACUACGCCCACGAGGUUGUUGGCCAAACAAAAGACCUUAUGGCAAUGAAGAGGAACCCUGCUUGGAUGGAAAGCUUCCGAGUGCAGUUCCUGGGUUCGGUGGAAGUUCCGUAUCACCAAGGCAACGGCAUCCUGUGUGCUGCCAUGCAAAAGAUCGCUAUGGCAAGGAAGAGGACGGUGCAUCUUCAUCCCCCAUCUAUCUGUGAGCUGGAAAUAAGCCUGCAGGGUGUGAAACUAGUCAUGAGUUUGGAUGACGAGUACGAUUUUUCAGGGGAGUUUGACCGAUGUAGUCACUUCUUCCAGAUGAAAAACAUCUCUUUCUGCGGAUGUCAUCCUAAAAACAACUGUUAUUUUGGUUUCAUCACCAAGCACCCGAUGCUGAACAGGUUUGCAUGUCAUGUCUUCGUCUCUCAGGACUCCAUGAGACAUGUAGCCGAGUGUGUGGGACGGGCAUUCCAGGAGUACUACCAGGAGCACUUAGAAUACGCCUGUCCUACCGAAGAUAUCUACCUUGAGUAAAGGAGGAAAAGGGUAACCAUGGCAACUGCUGUCCCUCACGACAGAUGUCUGUUCCUGGCUUGGCCACUAUGAGGCGCCUGGCAGCCUUCUCAAAUGUAACAUAGGCCUCAUCUCUUUAAUCUCUUCCUCAGUUUCUCGUUCUCUCGACAUGAACUGAGCUGAAUACUCUGCAUAUAGGCUCUUAGUGGUCUGUCUAUUUAUUUCAAUGUUUCUCAGUUAAUUUACUCUCUUCAUUGAGAUGGAUUGCUUGUUUAUUUAACUUUUCUACUAUAUAAUUAGGGGCGUGGUUCCGGGGUGGACACAUCGGUUCGAUUUUUUUUUUUUUUAUAUAGUCCUGGUGUAGAAAAGGCAAAAUACGACUUCACAUGUUUGAUUGCAUGGCUUUGAGGGUUAUGCUCACAAACACACAUACACACACGAGAGAUCUAACAAAAGCGAAAGGUGAUCAGAGGUUUGAAUCUGAAGACCAGGAUUGCUUGUAAAUAUGUAUUUGUCCGAUUCUGAUACAUUGCUGUACUGGGUUUGUACUAAAAAGGACAGGGCAGUAGGACGUGACCUGGAAUUGUUGAUAGGUCUACAGAUUGUCUGUUCCGACGUAGUAGAAGGCUUACUGUACGUUUCUGAUUUUACCGCGAUGUAAAUACUGUACAAAUAGGGAUGAUUGUAGGUGAAUACAAAUGCUUCAUUACAUCACGGUAUGCAAGUAUCCCGCGCCAUCUGUCUGCGAAUGAAAAACGGAUUACAGGUCAGCAGGCUGGGUGUAGAUAAAUCUAGAGAUGCUUUGGUGAAUCUCAUCAAGUCAUAUCUGGAACAUAUUUGACCCCAAAAUCACAAUAAACAAUAUUUUGUGCAAAGAUGAUGAGUUUUUGCAACUAUGACAUUACUUCCAUCUCAGUUUUUACACCCGCAAUUACUGUAAUGCAUCCAGAUGUUUCACUUUUAAGUUUAAGUGUAUAAGUUUCAUUAUUUGCAUUGCCAUUGUGACAUUUCCAUCACAAUUGUAGUAAUGCAGUUUUGGGUUUAUUUGUUUUUAGUUGAUUUUCAUUGAUGAUUCUCAGUAAUACAGUUAAAUGAAAUUAUCCUGACAAUAUUUUUAUUUAAAAUCAUUAUGCAAUGAAGGCUAUGUGUAAGGCUGUUUCCACCACUGAAUAAAAAAUAAAAAAAGGUAAUUGUGACAAUUCUGACCAUUUGUUCUCACAAUUGCGAAUUUACAUAUUGCAAUUCUGACUUUUUUUCUCAGAAUUGUGAGAUAUAAACUGGAAAUUCUGAAGAAUGAAGUCAUAAAGGUGACAUAUAAACUGGCAAUUCUGACUUUUUUUCCUCAGAAAUGCAUGAUAUAAACUUGCAAUUGUGAGUUAUAAAGUCAGAAUUUUGAGAAAAGUCAGAACUGCUGGAUAUAAACUUGCAAUGGCAAGAAAUAAAGUCAGAUAUAAACUGGAAAUUCUGAGAAAUUAAGUCAUAAUUGUGAGAUAUAAACUGGAAAUUCUGAGAAAUUAAGUCAUAAUUGUGAGAUAUAAACUGGAAAUUCUGAGAAAUUAAGUCAUAAUUGUGAGAUAUAAACCGGCAAUUCUGACUUUUUUUCCUCAGAAUUGCGCUUAUAAGCACUUGCAAGUUAUAAAGUCAGAAUUGCAAGAAAAGUCAGAAUUGCAGGAUAUAAACUUGCAAUGGCAGUGAUAUUUUCUCAGAAUUGCACAAUAAAUUUGCAAUUGUGACUUUUUUAAAUCUCAAAAUUCUGACUUUAUAACUCGCAAUUGGAAGUUUAUAUCACAAUUCUGACUUCAUACUGUAUCUUACAAUUUUCAGAAAAAAAAAGCAGAAUUGCAAGAUAUAAAGUCGCAGUUAUUUUAUAUUCAGUGACGGAAAUGGGCUUCCAAUGGGCUGUGCUGCAAAUAUUACAAUUAUAUAUAAAUAAUUUACAAUGAUUAUAUAAUUAUAUCAAUAUUUAUUCAUAUAUUGUAUGUUAUAUAUUUAAUAAUAAUAAUAAUAAUAGAUGUAUUUAUUUAGCUUUACAAUAAUGGAGGGUGAGGUGAGGGAAUGUUCUUAAAUGUCAUGCUUCAUGCACAAGAAAAUGUAUAUUUUUACAUUUAAUUUUGGGGUAAAAUAUUACUCAGAUACUGACUUUGUGCAAUUCAUCCGGUUGGCUAUGCUAUAGCACGGUCCUUUGGGCAUUCAGUCAAAUAAUAUUUCUCCAGCUCUCAAACCUGACAGCCCCUCUACUUACCAUUGUCUGCUGUCUUGUAUGAUUGUCAGGUUGGAUUGACGCUUUUAGCUUUUAAGCUAGGCAGAUAUUUCAGAGAGAUGCAAUGCUUGCAGUGAGCAAAAUGACUAAAAAACUGUCCCAGUUCAUUGGGAACACCCUGAAUGCAGGAAUAUUUUACAAGUGGACUAGUCGGUUCAUUUGCAGGACAAAUAUUGCUUGAUAUUAGAGCGAUUAAAAAAUAAAAUAGCUUAAUUUUGUCCUGUGAAGCAAUGAAUAAGUGAAUUUAUGUAGACGCCAUGUGAUUAUAUAAGCUCAGGACAUCAUUUUGUCUCUCUGAGUCAGUCACAGAACGGUAGAUGCAGUUGUUCAGCUCUCUGACUUAUAACUAGCCCUUGUCCUGACCUUGACCGGCGCUGCUGAGACUGAACAGAGCAGAUCCCCCUGCUGGCUUCAUAAAGUAAUGACGUAUAAUAAUAUUUACCUCAUUUGAUCUGAUGAAUGCAAUCCAGGGCCAUGCAACAACUCACAAUCAUGAUGUGAACACAUUCAGUUAAUAUUACAGGAAAUGUGUGGAGUUUAAUUUUAAAUGGCUGGAUAUAUCCAAGAUAAUAUGUGAGGACAUGCAUUGGUCAGAUUUAGGAAGAGAUGGCAUAUUUAAAUUUACAUCAGGCAUUCUGUCAGGUAAUUUCCUGUUUUAUUAUCUAUAAAUAGUUGGCUGUGUUUGGAAUGAAAUAUUGCAUACUGUGCAUACUGCAUACUGCGUAAACCUCCGUGUUUGGAAAUAAAAAUGUUAUUUUGCAUUUUAAACAGAAAUCUGUCAAAAUAAUAAAUCAAGGAGAUCACAGCUGAUAUUUCAUGUACUGCACUGCAGUAUUCUAGUAUGCAUAGUAUGCUAGUAUGCUAUUUUGAACGCAGCCCAACGUUCCCUGCACACGUGAUUGUAUCCUCCAGCAGCCUGCAAUCUGUUUCCAUGGUUACCCGUUCAUUUGUGACGGUGACACUCUCACGGAAGGAGUUUUAUGUUUUAAAUGUGUCUUGUUUUUGGUUAGAUUGCUGUAAAUAUUCUAGAAUCAGGAUCGCCAUGCUGUGUCCUUUCUGUUGAGUAUGUUAUUGAGAUAAAUAUGUAAAUUUAAAAGAAAUAAUAAUAAUAAUGUUGAUGAUAACAAUCUCACAACCAAAAGCCAACUGUGAUGGGGUGAAAAGAUAUAAAUAGCUUUGAAUUAGUAUUUGUAUCUUUCCUUUAUCUGCUUUACAUUGGUAUACAUCUGUUGUUGGAUGUGUGGUCACUUUGUGCAGAAUAACACACAAUCGCUGACGUUCUAACAGAUCCGCCGUGUCACUCAGAUCUUCAUUCACAAACAGAAACGCACCGAAUGCCCAAGAACUCAUUCGUCAUUGCAUUUAAUGGGUCAGAUCAGCAAUUUUGUCUCAUUUAGGAGCAAAUCCAAGUCAUUUCUCUCAAUCAGAGCUCGAAAUCCUUAGUUAUUAUGACUGUUACAUGACAUCUUUUGUGUGUUCAUUCAGUAAAUGAGUAUCUUAAAUAUUUUAGCCUUCACUUUAGCAAUUUGUAGUGACAAAUUGGCUGUGAAACCCCUAACACAUUCAGGCAGAGCAUCUAAUACUUCUUGAUUACUUAAGCUUGGGUAGCUGAAAUACAAUUACAAGAAAUACAAAGUUCUGGACUUAAACGUACAUAAUUCAGUCCUUCACUGUAUAACGGAAACAGCUUCAGUAUGACAAAACUAUGUAUCUUGUAUCUUUAAAAAUGAAAAUUGUAAAGAAAAAAAAAAUCUCACUGCCUUGUCAUGAAUUUGGUCUUAUGAAUAAAAUACUAUAUGCUUGAUGUCACCAAA